AUGAUCACUACCACUGUAGAAACUAUCCCCGGACGCGACAUCACAGAACACAUUGGCAUCGUCUCCGGCAACACGGUCCGCGCCAAACACGUCGGACGCGACAUCAUGGCUGGCCUCAAAACAAUCAUCGGAGGCGAAGUCCGUGGCUACACUGAAAUGCUGGCUGAAUCCCGCACCGAAGCCCUCGACCGCAUGACGGAAAAAGCCCGUGAACAAGGCGCACACGCCGUCGUCAACGUCCGCUUCACGACCUCGACGGUGAUGCAAGGCAUGUCCGAAAUGCUUGCCUACGGCACCGCCGUCAGACUUCGCGAAUAA